AUGGAAAAUGGAUACACGGGAGGGAGUACAAUUAGGAAUGGACAUUUAGAAGAUGGAAUACCUAUUGGUGAUAUCACCCCUACGACAGAAGAAGUACCAGUGGAUAUCAUUCCUACUAAACAAGGUAGAAAACUUUGUGUUCGACAUCGACAAAUGGCCAAUCAAGGGAUUAACGCAAAAUUACAAAAAUCACUCGACUCUUUACCUACUUCUGAAAGAUUAGCCAUUACUCAAUUAUGGUCCACCUUUUCCAAAGCACGACAUCCCAGAAGGAAACUUAUCCUGGAGGGUAUUCUGACCAUGUGUUGUUUCUCCCAACUUUCCCAUUUGUCCGACUCGCUCAAUCAAAUCAUCCGAAUAGACCCAUUCUCUCUCCUUCCUCGUGAAGUCAAUCUCCGUAUCCUCGGCUACCUCGAUGCCAUCUCCCUCGGUCGUGCUGCUCAAGUGGCAAAAUCUUGGAAAUCCCUAGCUGACGAUGAUCUCCUCUGGAGACGUAUGUGCGGACAACACAUCGAUCGUAAAUGUGAAAAAUGUGGUUGGGGUCUACCACUAUUAGAACGUAAACGACUCAAGAUAGAAUUAUCUGAUCGUUCACCAGCCACUGCUGUAGGUGUGGGAGGCCAUGAUGACCAUGCUCAUGAUCACGGUCAUGGUGGAGUGAGUAGGUUGAUGACGCGUACAGAAGCUUUGGGUAUGAGUGAUUCUGAGGGUGAGAUGGGGUUGAAUGGGUUAGAGGAUAGUCUGAAAUUGGAUGGGAAAGCCAAUGGGACACAUUUGACGAGACAAGUGAGAUUGACGAGACCUUGGAAGACUGUGUAUUGUGAAAGAUUAGUGGUGGAACGGAAUUGGCGUAAAGGGAGAUGUACCGCGAAGACUUUGAAGGGCCACACAGACGGAGUCAUGUGCUUACAAUACCACACUGCCCUAUCUGAUCCCUCCUACCCUGUCCUCAUCACAGGCUCAUACGACCGUACGGCCAGAGUAUGGAAUCUCUCCACCGGUGAAGAAGUCCGAGUUCUCAGAGGUCACGAAAGAGCCAUUCGAAGUUUACAAUUCGACCAAAUGUUCCUCUUCACCGGAUCCAUGGACGGUAUCGUCAAAGUAUGGAAUUGGCGAGCAGGAGAGUGUAUCCGAACCUUCAAUUGUCAUUCCGAUGCCGUUAUAACAUUACAUUACAACGGUUAUCUACUCGCUACAGGUAGUGCAGAUUCCACCAUUCAAAUAUUCAAUUUCCGUACUUCUGAGAAAUUCUCUUUGAGGGGACAUGAUGAUUGGGUCAAUUCGGUCGUUUUAUGGGAUGGAAAAACAUCUCCUGGUGAUGUUGAUCCGACGGCAAUGAUGCAAGCUACCAUAGCUCGACAUCGAUCUCCAGGACCAGAAGAUACUUCAGAAAUGAAAAGAGGACCUGAUAUAGAUCCAGGAACAAUGUUAUUUUCAGCUUCGGAUGAUAAUACUAUCAUCCUAUGGGAUUUGGAUACUCGAUCGAAAAUUAGAGUAUUCGAAGGACAUAGGGCGCAAGUCCAAUCGUUGAAAGUCAUAAUGUUAGAUAUGUCAGCAGAAGAGAUUGCUAUAGAUUCAUCAAUACCGCAAGUGGUUGUUCAUAGUUCUGAAAAUGGAUCAGAGGCGUUGAAGAAGAACACGACGGAUGUGGAGAGAACAACCCAAGAAGGUGGGAAGAAAGCUACUUUAGUAACGGGAUCAUUGGAUGGGACUGUGAGAUUAUGGGAUAUUGAAACUGGGGAAGAGAAGGCAACUUUGUUCGGUCAUAUCGAAGGUGUUUGGGGAGUCGAUGUGGAUGCUUUGAGAAUUGUUUCUGCUUCUCAUGAUCGAACUGUUAAAGUAUGGGAUGUUUCUUCUGGUGAAUGCGUCCAAACUCUCGUGGGACACAGAGGAGCAGUGACGAGUGUUCAAUUAAGUGACGAUUUGAUCGUUUCUGCUUCUGACGACGGAGAUGUGAUGGUUUGGUGUUUCGCCCCUCAAUCUACAACCGUGACGGAUACUCCACCAGCUACUCUCACACCUGUUCUUGAAUAACGUCGUCGUUCUUUACCCUCAUCUCAUUCACCUCUCCUCGUUCCUACCUCUACCUAUAGACAUAUCAUCAUGCGUCUGAACUCUUCACAUCUCUCGUUAAACAUGACCUAUCCUCUAGUGUCAAAUCGAUCGAGUCACAUAGGUGUCCCCAUAUCCAACUUCUAUCUCCAUAUUCACUUUUAUUUCCAUAAUCACUUCUAUCCCCUCCCAUAGGGACAAAAACCUUUGACUAUACUCGACUCUCAAUCCCUACCCCUUGUCAAGGAAUGCAAUACGAAACCAUUUCAUCUUUGCCGCUCUUCCAUUGAAACGUAAUCAUACCGUUUGAAAUUUAAUAUCAAAUCAUGUACCUCUUCACAAUUGUAUCAUCAUUUUAUAGUCAUGUUAUCAAAAUUGAUAGAAAUAGGUAUAUCUUGUAGCAGACAUGUUAUUUUGUUUUGGAA